CAUGACCUUUCCCUUUUUCGGUGUUGAUACAGGGAGCAUUGGCUGAUAUAUUCCUAAGAGGCACUGAUUUGGUCGCGGAUGCUAGAGGAAUGGCUUCUCUGACUGGCGUGCUGCCUCCCUUUGUCCCAUUUGCUCAGGCAUUUGCAGCUGUAAUAACAGCUGCUCUGACUGGUUCUCUCUAUUAUGUAGCCACCUCUCCCAAAGAUCCUACAUACAUAGUAGCUCCAGUUUUACGAUCUCACUCUGGUCGUGAAGAUUUGAAAAAGCUGUUUGCAGCCUGGUACGAGAGGAGACAAAUGAAAAAGAUUUACUCACCUCUCUUGGAAGGAUUAUUGGCCCUGUACCUUGGUUUCGAAUGGAUUCAGACAAAUAAUAUUCUUGCUCCGAUUAUUACGCAUGGUAUAUACUCUGCGGUAAUACUAGGACAUGGCCUUUGGAAGAUACAUGAUCACCGGAGAAGACUGCAUCAGAGAAUACAACAGCUUGAAUCAGAAGUAAAAGACUCGAAUAAAUUAUGAAGAAGCUGUUAAAAAAAGGUGCGAGGAAAUCUGUACAUUACUACUAGAGCUGGUCAUUUAUAAUGGCAAAUACAUCAGAUGUAUAAACGAACAGUAUAUAAGCUGAAGAAAGUUUUAGUGUCAACCCAUAAUAAUACUAGUUGUAGAUGAUAAGCUUGUACUUAUACGUUACUGUCUGAGUGCAAUUUUGUUCAUCUUUAAAUUGUUGCCCUAGUUGUGGUCU